AUGGGCAGCGUGGACCUCCGUGCAGCGCUCAACAAAGAUGGCUUUGUUAAAAUCGAAGGAUUUUUCACAGAAGAUGAAUGUGACUCCCUGAGAAAACGGAUAUUAGAGAUUAUUGAUAAGAUGGAUAUUUCCAAAGACCUUCAAACUGAAUUCACAACGCAAGAAUCGAAACAACUUAAAGCACAGGGGAGCAAAGAUUACUUCCUGACUAGCGGGGACAAAGUUCGAUUCUUUUUUGAAGAAGAAGUGUUUGAUAGCAAAGGUGAUUUUCUUGUACCAAAGGAGAAAUCUUUAAAUAAAAUUGGCCAUGCUCUUCAUGCCUUGGAGCCUAUUUUCAAAAAUCUCACUCAUUCACUCAAAGUGCAGGAGAUAGCCCGGAAGUUGGAUCUAAAGGAACCUGUCAUUGUGCAAAGCAUGUACAUCUUCAAGCAACCACAAAUUGGUGGUGAAGUAAACCCGCAUCAGGAUGCCUCCUUCCUAUAUACAGAACCUCUUGGACGUAUUGUCGGGUUUUGGAUUGCAUUGGAGGAUGCAACUGAGGAGAAUAGCUGUCUUUGGUUCAUUCCUGGCUCACACACAGCUGGUAUUACUCGGAGGAUGUUACGUGCCCCUAAAGGAGAAUAUCCUUUGCUCAAAUUUAUUGGAGAGCAACCUGAUUAUCCAGACAAUGAAUUUAUCCCAGUUCCUGUUAAAAAAGGUGGUCUUAUCCUUAUUCAUGGGGAAGUUGUGCACAAAAGUGCUCGAAACAUGUCAAAUAAAUCACGGCAUGUCUAUGCCUUCCAUCUGAUGGAAUCCCAGGAUAGUCACUGGAGUAAGGAGAACUGGUUGCAGCCAACUCCAGAACUACCAUUCCCACUUUUAUACACUUAAAUUUCAUCAUUUUAAACAGAGCUAAUACAAUACAGA